CUAAUUUAUUUCUGUAGGAGAUAUAGGUUACAUUUACACUUGUACCAGAUAGCCUUCCGUAGCAACAUUAAAAACACCUAUUCGUACUUUUUAGGAACGCUACUUUCAGACGAAUUAUUGCAACGGAGAGAUUUUGUUUUAGUCAGACACUGAAAGAUGUACAUUCCGUAUCGGAUAGGUGCUUUUUCGCGCCUCUACACGGAAAUCCGGUAUAGUGCAAACGUAGCCAUAACCACAUAGGGCUGUGUAUUAGAACAAAGUUGAGUAGAUUCUAUCUAUAUAAAACAUUUUUUUACCCCUACCCAAUUUUUAAUCGGGUAGGGGAUGAGAACGCAAAUCAUGACUGACUGAAAAACGUACAUAUAUUUUGACCAGGUUUUGGCGAACAUUUUGACCAACUUUCCAAAUGCUUGACACCAUCAAAUUUGUGAUGGAAAAACUGAAUGAGUGUGAAGUGGUGGUUUUAUACAAGGUGAAGUUCGCGCGAGUCAAAAUACUUGUUUUUCUUUGCGCUUUUGAGUACUGUACUCGUUAGUUGACCAUGUAAACUAAUUUGAUAAACCAACAAGUGGCGGCCAACUAUUUCGAUCAGAUAUGUUCCAUUUUAAUUUGAUACAAAAUAUUGGGGGGGGGGGGGGGUGUAGCGACGUCCCUGGCGUCAAGUAGCGCUUUUGAAACGUUUCCUCAAUGUCAACAUCAUAUUCUUUUGCGAAAGAUCAGUCCUGGGACCUGCCAAACUUUCAACCAAAAUUUGGUGUUUUUUGUUCGUAUUUUCAUUUAGUCCUUUUUGCUAUAAUAUAAGUUCCUCUAGGGCAAUUUCAUUUGUGUUGAAAUACCUUCCCGCCAUUCUGUUUGUUUUGGGAAAUCAUUAAUUGUACUGCAGUACAAUGAUUAGAUGAAAUAAUUGUACUCCUCUCAACCAAUCAGCAUCCAGUAAUUUUGUCAUGCUAAUAGUAAAUGUAUUAUAGUCGUAGUUGCAACGAUAACUGAUGAACUGACUUUUUUCUUUUCACCAGAUUAUGUUCGAAUUUUUCUUGCUUCUACUUCGUUCUACUACAUGGCUGACAGUCCCGGCAUUUUUGCGAUAUUUUAUUUGUUGAAUACGUUACUGGACGAAUUCGAUGGUUAUUAUUCUCGAAAACUGAACCAGAGUAAGCUAAUAUAUGUUAAAUUAUGGAUUAAAACCUCAGUAUAUAUCAUACACUAACCCAAAACCAACAAUCUGCAUAACCCUAUAUAAGUGCCUAAAUCCAAGCUACUAACACAGGCUUCCAAACCUCGGGUGGGCCAAUCCCCAGGGCCACACGAACUUGAGAUUUCUGCAAAUGUCAAACACCAUGCAUUUCCUCACCUUUGUAGAAAACAUCACGUUUAGUCUAUUUAAUGUACUAUUUAAAAAACGAGCAGGAGUGUUUUAUUAGGUUUAAAGCCACGAGCGCGCAGCGCGAGUGACUUUAGACCUAGCUAAUAAAACACGACCUGCAAGUUUUUUAAAUGACUUCAAAAACAUUUGCAUAAUAAGUCAAAUCUUUAUAUAAAAAUCUUUAUAUAAAAAUCUUUAUAUAAAAAUCUUUAUAUAAAAAUCUUUAUAUAAAAAUCUUUAUAUAAUUUGUAUAACAAUGAUCUUUUGUUAAAGUGUUCUUUAGCUGGUAUAAAGACGUAUGCACGUGACUAAUUUCUUACUCAAGAUUGGAUAAUUGCUUCAUGAAUUAUUAAUGAGUUUUUGAAAAUUAUCUAAAAGCGAAAUAAAUACACGCGUAGUGACUGUACAGACUAUAGUGUUUUACGCACAAAACACUGAAAACAGCUAUCACCAUACGCACGUAUAAAAUCUUAAACCUGCUUUUCUCGCAAGGAUUAUGGUUAGGGUCGCAUCGCUCAGCAGAUUACAUGCACUGUGUCUUUAAAGUAUAUUAACCAGUCAUUGUGCAUUGAUGAAUAAAAUUUUUACAGUUAAAACGAGAAUUUUGGCCAGGAGUAAUAAUCUUUUUCUUUCAUAUGACUGAAAAUUAAGGGUUAUUAACUUAUUCGUGAAAGGGUCGCUCUUCAAAAAUUAAGUUCAAAAUCACAAUGACUAGUGUAAUUCGUAUUACCCACGGUAGCCUACCAAUUAACAGCCGGCAUAUGUUAGUACGGGCAUAAUAUAUAUCAGGAGAAUUUUUAUGCAGUUAAUUUAGUGCAGUUGCAUAAAAACGUGGAAGCUACAAGUAUUGAAUGUUUUUGUGUUGUAGCCUAUUUUGCAGCUAAAUUUAAAUUUUAUUCUUUUGAGCUCUUGAUAAAAAUUUCCUUAAAAUAAUUCUUGUUUUCCCGUAUUUAGCAUCAAAAUUUGGGGCCUUAUUAGAUAUGCUAAUUGACAGGUAAUGUUCCACUUCCAUACUAGUUUUACUGAUUUUGGAAACACCGUUUCCGUAGCAAUUGGUUCUCGAAAUAUUUCGACCAAAAACACUUGCGCGCAGGCCGCCAUCUUUGUUUAUGACGUCACAGCUGAAGUUAAAAGAAAUUUUAUUUCAUGCAUAUGAGCUUAAACUCAAUCUUUUUAGGCUUGAUCCAUUUCAAAUUGGUUCACACCAUAUUAAAGAAACUUCUCUCGUUGAAAUGGAGUCAACCACAUCGAAAUUUUAAAUUCAAUUAGGUCAAAUAAUAAAAAACAAGAUGGCGGACUACACGUUGUUUCUGAUCAAAAUUAAAUAUUUCUAAAACCAAGCAAGGUAGAGAAGGUCGUCUAAAAGAUAUCAUUUUCAAUUUUUUUUUCAAAACAAGGCAAACAAAUCCACUUAUGUCAGGGCCAAGUGUAUAUUUAAAAUUAAUAGUGAAAUGAUAUUAAUUCUAAAUAUAUGUGUCUUGCAGAUGUGUAACCACGUGUCUAAUGGUGUCGUUAAGUAAUGUCUAUUCUUCCUAUCGCAUCCUAUUUCAAUUCCUUAUCUCUCUGGACGUAAGCAGUCAUUGGUUUCACAUGUAUAGGUAUUUAUAAUAGCCAAUGCAUAUUUGUCAUAUCUCCGCAAGUUCCGCGCAUAAAUGCAUUGAAAAGAAAAUUGAGGUGGUGGGGGUGAAGUCAAGCUCCAAUCUCUAAAUGAAAUUUACACGUUAAAAAUCAGUACAUUCUACCACAUUUAGAUUUGGGUUUCUUUAAAGUAUGCUUUGAUCAAUGUAACCAUCCAGUAACCGUCAUCCAUAAUAUUCGUCCAAUGUUGUAGGGGGAAACCGAACUCGGGAGAAACCGAAGUAGCUUGAGGAAACCUGAUACUGUCAAACUGAAUUGGCAGUCCCCCUAGUACAUGCUGACAAGCAGGGUACAUGCUGCCAAGCAGGGCCGCCCAGAGGUUGGCGGGGGCAAUUUUUUUUUUAGGGGCCCCUAUCUAAAAAAAGUUUCCCGGAAAAAUUUUCCAAAAAUUUCCGGUCAGUGUACCAUUUUAGGGGUAAAAAAACUUUUCCGGAGUACAAAAUUUUUCCGGACGAGUACGUUGCAAUUGCUUUCGAGGGACUUUAUCUCAUUUUUUUAUGCCAAAAUUCGGUACUUAGUCCAAGAAAACAGAUAUCUUGUCCUUCGCGCGGAAAUAUUUAACACACAAAAAAGGCUGGGGCCCAACAAAAAAUUUUCAGGGGCCCCCAGCAACUCGGGGCCCGGGGCAAUUUGCCCCCCCUGCCCCCCCUCUGGGCGGCCCUGCUGCCAAGCCGAAAUCACAAUCACACAACUUUCAUGAAUCAUCCAGGCUGCAACAUGCUGUGGUAAAGCUAGUCGUUUCCACUAAACAUUGUACUCCCCCCCCCCCCUUCUCCCCACGGGAACUAGUAAGGAUAUUGUCUAAUCAAGGUAGUUGCCAAAAUUUUUGAGUUUCAAACACAUUUUAUACAUCAGCUUUCCCAUUCUAUAGUUCGAUGAUAAAAGGUGACAAGAGCCACAAGACUACAACCAAUUUCUUUCUCAAAUUAUACUACGAGUCGUGGGUACGUACGGGAUAUUUUCAGCAUGAGCUCCACCUUUGAAUUUACUAUAUGAGUAAAUUCUUAAACACGUCCGAAUUUAUCAUUAUGAUAAACUCGCGGCAAAUUUUGAAUUUAUCGUAAUAAUAAAUUCGCGGCACCUAACACUAACCCUAACCCCAACCCCAACCCUAACCACUAACCCCUAACUCCUAACCACUAAUUUUUAAAUUUUUAAAUUUUAAACUUUUUAAAUUUUUUUAACUUUUUUAAAAAUCUAACUUUUUAAACUUUUCUUGCUUUUCGAAACUCUUUUAAAACUUUUUAAAACUUUUUUAAAAGCUAUUUCCCCCCAAAAGUUGAAAAACUCCUCACCCCAGCGCGGCCAGCCCAGUGUGACCAGGUUUUUUCAGGGCAAAUUACCACAUCCGGUUUCAAAAAUUACUAUUUUCGGUCUGAAAUUACCACGGUGCUAUAUUUUCCCAAUUUUACCAUAUUUUUUCGAAAAAUUCCCCAAAAAUUUUUCCGGACAACUUCCUCGUAAAUUAGGGUCAAAAAUUUUUUUCCCGAAAAAUAAUAAGUAAAACAACGCCAAAACCGUUUUUUUUCGCCUAAAACAAGGCCAGAACCAGUUUUUUCAAACAAAAUCGGUAAAAUUUAGGGGUUUUUCACCAAAAUCUGUACAUUUAAGGUCAGGAAAUUUCAAAUUACCACAAUCGGCCGAAAUUGACGAAAAAUUACCACGGUAGUUCUGAAAUUACCGUAGUAAUUACCACAAAUUUCGAAUUGCCACAAUUGUCCAAAAAUGACGAAAAAUUACCACGGUAGUAAUGAAAUUACCACGUCUGGUCACACUGGGCCAGCCUCCCUUCUAGUGCCAUUGCAUUUAUAGCAAGAAACCUUGUGCAGUGCUUGUGGUUUUAUAAUUAACUCUAUUGAUAAAUUCAAAAUGUGCCGCGAAUUUAUCAUAGUGAUAAAUUCGGACGUGUUUAAGAAUUUACUCAUAUGGUAAAUUCAAAGGUGGAGCUCAUGUUGGAUAUUUUAUAUUAUUUCGAAGGCAUGGCCAGGUUGCCAUGUAUCUUGGGCUUUCUAAUUUCGGUAUGCAGUUUGUAAUUGUAAACAACGGAAUAAGCUCCCUAAUGUUUAACAUUGAACUAGUGAACCAAAAUCCUGACCAACAUAAAAUAAUGAGGUUUAGAUUCGACUUCCACUACCGCUUCCAGUUAAUGGUCGUUUACUGGUAGCAGCUAGUGGUAGUCAGAAGUCAUAUCUAAUUAUUGAUUAACAUGACUACAAAAAGCUAAGACUGACGAAAACAAGCACAGAAACGAACAAUAAUGGUACAAACAAUUAGUGGAAUACCCAAACGGGCUAUUCAAAGAACGAACGGAACACUGUGUGGUCAGUAUAUAAUAGACAUGAUCACAUGUAUUCAGUGGGGUAUAGAAAUGAAAUGAAAGAUAAUGAGAAUGAGAUUCUUUUGUUGAAAUACCACCAACAUGGCCGCUGUGCUAGUACUGUAGUUGCAAAUCAAGAAUAUAAAUACUACUAUACUGUACAAAUCACAAAUCAGCGCUUACUGAUGUUACAUUUCAUGUUUUAGUCUGUUUUGACCAUGAUGUGCUGGGGAAACGAAGUGUUCUUUGUGAUGUUGUAUUUGAUUCACUUUUCAUAUGGACCAACUGGUAAGUUACGAUUCUAUGAUGAUCAGAUUAUUGAGGCCAUCACAAAGCCCGCAUAACAUCAUGUUCUACAAUUGGUUGAUUCAGUAACAGUGAAACACAAUAAAGCUAUAGAAUAUAUAGACUAUCUAGAUAACGAGUCACGUCAAACUCUGAGCACUUUUGUUUACCGAAGUCAAUCACAAAUUAAAGCAUGUACAUUUUAGCUUAGGCUAAAUAAAAAAAAAUACUUGGUUAGCGUCACACUCUCACAAAUUUUCAGAGGCAGGACGGCGCUUUUUUUAAAUUUUUACUCGUUUUUUAAAUUUUUAAUAGUAUUUUUUGGGGGGAUGGGGCGGUUUUUCCACCAUAUCGGUGAUAUUUUUUGUACUGAUGUUGCGAAGGCCGCCAUUUUGCUAUAAGAACCUUGUAUAUCCAAGACCACGCGCUCCUAUCGAUCAGUAUAUAGCGCGAAGGUCUGAGCAUGAGAAAAAUUUCAAAUAUUAAACUGUUUUAAGCUGUAAAACGAAGAGAUUUACAUAAAAAAAUUCAGAGGCGGCAGAAAUCGAGAGGCGGGCGAUGACGUGAACCAAGUUUUUUUUUUAUUUGGCCUUAUACUGGUGUAGUGAGAUAUUGUUGGUAUAGGAUAUAUGUAGCCUAACAUGGCCGUGUUUACACUAAGGGACUGGCAUUUACCUGACAUUUACCUGUACUUGAGAAGUAUCUAGCCAGGCAUGUUUACAUUUGUUACCUAACUAAAGGCCCAAGUCCCAUUGAAUCAAGCCUUUCUCACAAUCAUCGAAUAUCCGCCAUUUUUGGGUGGCAUCUAAUUCUCGUUACUAACCAAUUCAGACAAUAAAAACAAUGUGAAAAGCAAUUUUUAAAAAUAAACUAACCAUUUACAAAGCAAAUUUACCAUUAUUCGUCCAAAAAAAUUAUAAAAAGUUGCUGUUAUGUGGACUUAUCUCGCAGACUUCGGCUGAAAAGCCACCCAAAAAUGGCGGCGUGAGAAAGGCUAAUUGGUCAUUAUAUACAUGCAAAAUGAAUUACUGUACAAAGUAUAAAAUGACAUCCGCUGAGUGCUGACAUCAAAGACGUUUGUUGUCAUGGAAAUUAGCCUCGAGCACGUCUUGGGUCAGUGAAAAUGUGUUUACACUGUAACCCUAACCUGAAACUGACCUAAGACUAUGUUUUCAGGCCAUCUCUAAUGCUUGGCCUGAAAACAUGGUCUUAGCUCGGUCCUAGGUCAGUCUUAGGUCAGUCCUAGUGCGUUUACACUACAGGACUAACUGUUCUAGGUCGGUCCUAGGUAAGGUAUAGGUCUCUAGUGUUAACACGGCUUAUAUAUAGAGCCUUCAGUACUUAUAGUUCAGCGCACUGGGACCUAGCCGCAAUUUUGAGGCGAGGUGAAGGGAGGGAGACAGCGAGAAAUUUCCUAUUAAAAAAUGAAAAUGUUCAAGACUGCCCCAAACUUGCUCCAUUUCGACAUGGUCACCUUUUUGGUUCUCAAAGCGGACUUUUCGCAAUCUAAGAGAGAUUUUAAACCAAUACAGUAAAAUUAACUAAGUUAUGACUUAUAGUUAGUGAGCGCUAUGUAUCUGGAGCAAGAAAGUCAAUCAUUCGGUCUAUGCAUGACAAAAGUGAAGCCACGAUGGAGGAAAUUGACGUUCCUGAAAAGCUAUGAAGGUCGUAAACAGUUCUGAAUACCAUUUUCCCCAGCUAAUUCCAGUUUUUUUCUAAUGGACCGUAUCGCUAAAAAAGUUUGUCAAGUUAUCAGUUCAUAAACCAUAGUGUUAUUUUUUAAUUAAAUCCAUGUCAAAAUACGAAACUUCGGCACACUCCUUGUUUUCCUAAAUUUAAGCAAGCCUAAAAUGUUCAAAACAAAGCAGUAGAUUGUCUUGCGAAGUAAAUAAAUGGAGAAUAACAUGGGUGCGCGGAAAUACCAGAUUUAUUUCGAGUGUUGAACAUGAUAUCUCACGAGUGAGCGCAGCGAACGAGUGAGAUAUCAUGUUCAACACGAGAAAUAAAUCUGGUAUUUCCAAGCACCCAUGUAUUUUUCUGUUUAUUAUAUAAACAAAAUUCAGUGAAAAACAAUAAAACGUCCGAUCCGUGGCAAUGCGUUUUACAAUAAAUGAUAUUUUCACACGUAAAAAUAUCGUAUUUUUUACGUGUGUUUAAAUACGAUUUUUCUCAGUGGCCAAAAACUCUAUAUAACACUUAUGUUUAUAUAAUAAACUAUAUUAUUUGAGUUCUGCAGAGUUGGGAAAUCUACUAUAGGCCUUUCCACGGCAUUCGCUUAGUGACGUCAUGAAGUUCAUUUAUCCUCAAAGUUCGCCCUAAUCCAACUUUGAACAAUCGGCCACUGCCGAGUACUAAAGUCCCCAGGUCUAGACUGCAAUCAUGGGCGUACCGGAAGGAAAAAUUUAGGGGGGCGGAAAGAAAUGUGCCCGACUUUUCGGGAUUGUGCCCGACUAGUACCUAAAAAAUUUUUUCCGGAAAAAUUAUUUCGGCGACCUCCCCCCCCGGUCAGUGUACCAUUUUAGGGGUCAAAAAAUUUUUCCGGACAUACCAAAAUUUUUCGGAACAUCACACAAAUUUUCCACACAACAUAAAAUUGACCACAAAAUUGACUGAAUUUUCGACUAAAUUGACAGAAUUUGUCCCAUUUAUUUUUAUUACAAACUAAAAUUGCCCGACUGCUGAUCGAAUAUUGCCCGACUGCCCAAAAAACUGGGGGGGGGGCUACCCCCCUCCCCCCCCGCCCGGUACGCCUAUGACUGCAAUCAGUGACAAAACACUUUGGACAAAAUAGCAAAAGAGCGCACAUUUACAACAUAAUCGACCCCCCGCACCACCCCGUUCAAUGUUGUGUGUGGAAAUACCGGCGUAAAUGUUCCUUGCCAGCCACCCAACAUUGUUUAGGGUGGGGGAGGGAGGGAUAGUGGUUUUAUGCUGAACAGUAUUUGGAAAGGCGCAGAUAUGCAUAUAUUAUAUCACUGUCCAAAAACCUUUUGUCACGGAUUGUGGGUUAUAUGGAGUUUGAAUGGCAGAGUAUAUUCUAUAUGGGCUGGCAUGAAUUAGUCUGCUAUAUUAGUACGACUUAUUAUAUUUUUUCCAUUUUUUUAGUGUUCACUUUAAACAACGCGCCAGUUGGUUUGUGGUCGUUGCUUGUCUACGUCAGUUUCCCGAUAUGUUUCCUCAAACAACUGGUAAGCGUCGUGCAGCUGAUGGUAGCUUCACAAGACGUUGUCGCUUAUGAUAUGGCUGAAAGAAGGAAAUCUAAAAGCUGACCGACGACGAACACGAAGGAAAGAAAUAAUUAAAGAAGCAUAUUUCAAUUGCACCGACAAUCAUUUCCAUGAAACGAACGUUCAUACAAGUUUAUGACAUUUUAAAAUUAAAGAACACGUAGACUAACUGAAUCCUGUAUUAAGGGUAAUCCAUUUAAUACGUACGCAGAUAACGGGGUCCAAAAUUUUGUAGCUUUUGCAUAUGCCUAUUUGCUUUGCAAAUAGGACAUCAUUUAAAAAUGAUGACAUUAUUUGACAUCAUUUAAAAAUGAUGUCAUUUCCGUUGUUCUUUGCAUGAGAGGGGUUCAAUUUUCAAAAGUCUGCGUACGUACUAAAUACGAUCUAGAGAUCCAUUUUCCAAUUCUCACGCUAACAGGGCCGUAGCUAAUCGGUUGGGGAUGGGUAGUUAAUUUAUUUUGACUUGCGUGUUCUAUAUUGAUUUUAUUGUGUUGUGUCAUUCUUUGAUAACCUCACUUUCUAUCGGUCUAGCCCUAGUAAAUCAUGACUGGUUUGGCUACACCCUAUUGUAUAUUUAUUUUGAUUCUUAAAAAUCUUUCUAUGAAGUAAAUGUGUAUGAUAUAUUAUAAACGUUCCUCAGUCUUAUAUUAAUAAAGAGGUUCAGAUUUGACUUCCAAUACCGUCACCUCUCGCCGGCUCAGUACACAUGCAUCUGAUUGGUUAAUCGAGUAGAUUAAAGCAUCUUGAUAAUGGUAGUAGAAGGCAAAUCUGAACCUCUCAGACUCUGAUCUUGUUGCUGAGACAAAUGUUAUUCGGUUCCCAGGAUACAGAGAUCUCAUUAUUACCAGCUCCGAUUUAGAUUGUUUCAUUAUUGAAUCCGGGCGGACAAUGGAUCCAUAAUCGAGUAACUACAAUAAUUUUCAAAUGGUGUGUUAGGACAGAUAGCCCAAAAAGCUAUAAUUUUAACAACAUUCGAUCCCCACCCCCUCUAUUCACACACGUAUGAAAAACAUGCACGUAUGAGAUGUGGGUAUCCCGAAUAUAUAUAAUUAUUAUUUAUUUAUUGUUGUGUCCCAGCCAGUGUCGUAUCUUGAUGGGCUAUUAUAGUGUAUGCAUGGAUUAGAAAAACAAUCAUGUAUAUAUAGUAAGUACCGUAGAUAUCCCAACAACUUGUUGUGAUGUGAUUUUAUAAGUGAGUGUAUUUGAAUCUAAAUCAGUUCACGAUUUGUGAUCAACUCGACUUGCAAAGAAGAUGGAGUUGGUCGGUCAUGGGGCGCACCUUUCCAACAUUUUUCAAACAACUUCCGAUAUCCAGCAUCGGAUUCAGACACGACCUUUGGUAAUCCGGGUCUAACCGUGUUUGUUGCUAUACC